CUCGGAAUAGCCUCUUCGCUAUUACGUCAUGCUCGAACAGCUGGUCCGUUGCAAGAGCUGAAAAUGUGGACAAGCGUAGCGAUAUAAAAAUCGCGUCCGUGCAGCCGGGGCGUAAACAGUCAGUUUAUCACGAUGUGGUGGCUGGAAGGGCUUAGGUCGGGGAUGGGCCGUCUGGAGAUCCUGUUGCUUGUUUACACCUUGCUCUGCUCUCUCGGAGAUUGCCUGUUUGUAACUGACUAUUUCACCCGGACGCCUCGCAAGCUCAACGCUUACCGCUCUUUUGCCAGCGUGGAGCUGUUCCACUUCAACGUGCCUGAAGACACCGUGGUGGCUGUCUGGAACCUCAUCACCUUCAAGGAGCAGGGGGGCACCUUUGGAGACAGCUGCCCAGACCGCAACGUGACAGUGUACUUCAGGUCAGGAGCUCCACCUGUAAUCAACCCCCUCCAGACGCGUUUUCCAAAGGACACUAUUGUACCAGGCUCCUUCGCUGUCACUUUGACAUGGACGCUGCCCAACCGUACCACAGGGGUUUUCAAUGUCACCAGCCCCCUCCCAGGUGACUGGUUCCUGGCUGCACACUUACCAAAGGAUAAGGGGAAGAUCUCUGUCAAGGGUCUUCUGGAGGAAUGUCAGUACCUCUUUCAACCUCAGCUCAUUGUUCAGAGGCUCAUUGGGAUUUCAGUGCUGUAUCCUGGUUACUUCAUUGAUCAGAUGAUUCCUCUUCACAAUAGAUCUGUACUCUACAAAGUGUUCAUCCCAAACUACAUCUCUCGGGUGAAGGUACAGCUUGUGGACUGCAACACAAAGAACAAAAGUGGGGAGAACUGUCCAGUUUUGCUGAAAAUCCGCUCGAGGGCCCCACCGGUGCAUAACUCUAGCGCUGUGGACUGCAGAGACAAUGUCCCCUGUGAGCUGGAGGUCCUGCUGCCGUCCUGGGAGCAGUGGUACUAUAUUUUGGUGGAGCGUUACCUCAGUAGCACAGAUGUGUACUUUCGCAUUGGAGUUCAGGUUAAAGACUGUUCCAAGCCCAGCGUCUCCAAGGGCUCCUCAGCCAUGAACAUGCCCCAGUCAUUUGGCACCGUGAUGGGGUUCUCUCUGUCAGAGACCCUGCCGGCUGCCAGCCUGCCUAACGUGCCACAGAACCCUUUGGAUCAAGGAUCUCUGUUAACUGCUGAAGAAAGCAUCACUUACUUAGCACCCAUGGCAGACACAAAUAAAUGCUGGCCCAUCCGGCCAACGCUGCGGAAUGAACUGGACACAUUUUCAGUUCAUUUUUACAUCUUUUUUGGACCCAACAUCUCCAUCCCUCCAGACCGGGCAGCGAUAUUUGCCAUCAACCUAAUGCCGGUGCUGGACAGCGGAGGCGUCCUCAACAUGGAGCUCAAACUCAAUGUGUCUUCAGUGAGAGGAGAGAAUAUUACGAUCUUUGGCUGCCUGAAUCAUGGGAUGCCACUGUCCCUUCACGACAACACAUCAGUCUCAUGUGAAUCUGAGUCAGUUUCAGGAUUUCAUCUCUCCAUUAACACCAGCACAAAUAUCACCAAGCUGAGGAUUCCCUACCCACAGACGGGCACGUGGUAUCUGAGCCUGCGAUCCCUGUGUGCCACUGAACACGGGUUUGAAAUGUGUACUAAUGUAACAGCUGAGGUGUACCUUCGCUCUUUCCUGACCCCCUGCAUCAAUGACUGUGGCAUCUAUGGCCAGUGCAAACUCCUGCGCACCAACAACUACCUGUAUGCUGCCUGCGAGUGUAAAGCAGGUUGGGAUGGCUGGGGUUGCACGGACAACACAGAGGCGUACUCAUACGGCUUCCAGCUGCUCUCAACUCUCCUUCUGUGCCUCAGCAACCUGAUGUUCGUCCCACCUGUGACCAUCGCCAUCCGCAGUCAUUACCUACUGGAGGCGUCUGUCUAUAUUUUCACCAUGUUCUUUUCCACUUUUUAUCAUGCCUGUGACCAGCCAGGCAUUGUGGUCUUCUGCAUCAUGGAGUAUGACGUGCUGCAGUUCUGUGACUUCCUCGGCUCGCUCAUGUCUGUAUGGGUCACUGUCAUCGCCAUGGCCAGACUCAAAUCCAUUAUCAAACAGGUGCUGUACUUGCUGGGGGCGAUGGCUCUAUCAAUGGCCUUACAGCUGGACCGCCAUGGCCUGUGGAACCUUCUGGGCCCCAGUCUUUUUGCUUUAGGCAUCAUGGCCAUCGCCUGGACUGUGCGCACCAUCCGCCGGCGCCGCUGUUACCCGCCGACCUGGAAGCGCUGGGUCUUUUUCCUGUUCCCUGGCACCACCAUUGCCACGUCAGCGGUGGCCUUAUACGCCUUUGUGGAAACGGAGGAGAACUACUUCUACAUCCACAGUAUCUGGCACAUGCUCAUCGCUGGGAGCGUCGGCUUCCUUCUGCCGCCUCGUGCCAAACCUGACGUUAAAGUCACUCCCCUGAAGCGGCGGCGCGGCUGUGGCUACCAGCUCUGUGUGAACGAGCACGAGGAGAUGGGACUGGUGGACCCAGCGAUCAUUACCAUUAACAGCAUAUGCACCAGCUGAUGAUGUUUAGCAACAUGGACUUUUAUUUGCCUUUCUUAUUCUUCCUUUGGAAUAAAAAAACAUGGAAAACAAAGCCAGAGAACUUACUGAUGCAUUGUAAAUAACUUUUGACUGAAAAAAAAUCGCACGCGUACACACACACACACACACACAUGCAUAUACGUACAAGUUUUUUGUCAUUGUUAUUUGAAUUGCUAUUAUUGUUAAUAAUAUUGUUUGCAUUGUUCGUAUCUGGGAAUGGUUUGUGUCAGUACACCGAUGCACUGUUGUUAGUGCAUUAUUUAAACCAUCUGAGCUGAUUUUUCUGCUGCUACUUGACAGUGACUGUAAAAUUGAAAAAUGUGUCAAGUAAUUUAUUCAUUGUUUUCUGGCACUCAAAUGACCAAAUGUUUUAUUGUGUUUAGAGGAUGCAAAGGAAGAAGAUUAUCUGGAUGUAUUAAGGGCACUUUUUUUUUCUAAACAUCUUUUGCACUGAGACACAAAAAUGUGAUACUGUACAUUUUUUAAAUAUAAGUAUAGUUAUGAUCCAGUCACAAUGUGUACAUAUAUAGUAUAGUUGUUUUCAGUGGAACGUCUGAUUGUACUUUGGAUUGCAUUGUAUUGCCUUUGCAGCAUAACUGAUUGUCGAUUUAUAGUUGGUUUAGGUAAGUGUCCAUUGCCAAGACCAGGUUUUAAUAUGAAACCUCAGAUAAAUAACCUCAUUUUUCCUGUUGUAUUUACCUAGCGAGGAUCAGAGCAAGACAUUUUGAAGCAAAAGCUAAUGAUAACAAAUAAACGUUUUAUUUUUUUGGUAUCAAAUCGGAUCUUUUUUGGUUCUAUUUAAAACGAAUGUGUUAUUUCUUGAAAUUGGCACACGAGUGUGUUCUUCCUUCAAUAUUGUUGAAGAAACUAGUAGGGGCCUCUGGGAAUCAAAACCUCAUUUUUAAGUAAAUAAUUUCCUCCUAAAUUCAUUUCAUGACAUCAUCCUCUGUAUGUCAGUUGUUAUGAGGAUGCUUAUAAGA